AUGGAUGACAGAAAUGGGCAAACCUUCCGCACCAAAGAUACUGACAAAUUGAAUGACAAGUUUGGGAACAGUUCACAGAUUUUGGCCAAAAUAGGGACACAACAAGAGAUUAAAAGACAACGCGAGGAAUGGAUGACAGAAAUGGGUAAACCUUCCGCACCAAAGAUACCCACGAAGUCUGUCACUCACUUCAGCCAAAGACCCGUCAAAAGUGGUAGAAAUGGCGAUAAAUAUGAGAAAAAGGAUGAGAAGAAAGAGCGAGAAUUGGAUCAACUGAUGGACUCUUUUAACAAAAGCCACAAAAGAGAGGCCCCUCUGAUUGAUAUCCACAAAGAGAGCAAAAAAGUGAAAAAGAGUGAACCGAAAGCGGAAGAGAGGGUUGAGUUCGAUCGGGAGAAGGAUCUGUCGGUGCGGACAAUGAACUCAAGACAAACAAAGUCUGUGUUAAACAAAGCGCAGGGAUUUAACUCACGUUUCUCUCUGGGAGUGAAUAAGUUUUUAUAA